AUGGAACCCGACGAGCAUCAUCUCCAGUUAAACGCGCGUUUGACACUAUCGUACUCCGACCACGAUAAUCCAUUAUACUCUCGUCCCCGUUCAACUUCUUCUUUAUCGCAGCUACCACCUGAAAAGAAUACGCCCCAAAGGAGUACGCCUCUAGAUGGUGACCCCCCAGCGUAUGACCCUAGCGACAAGCUUAAAAGGGUAGACGAGAAUCAUUCGUCGCCCACAAAAGCGGCGAGCCUAGUUUCCCCCACAUCGGUGGAAAAGCGUUCAAAGUGGUGGGCCGUCAUCCCGACGAUUAGCUUCUCCCGGACUAGCAACCGGUAUUCUUCAUUAACUCAAAGAGAAGAGGAGUUCACGAUAGAUCAAGAAAUAUACAGCGUCAUAAUAUCCUUGGAGCGCGAAAAUAUUCCCGUUUUCAACCUCGCAGCCAAGCUUGGAGACGAGCGCGAUUCCAAAACUACUAUCAUCUUCAGAUGCACGGCGACUCCUAGCGGGAAAUUCAAGGACAUCCGUCUUUAUGUCAGAUUUUUUGACACCGGAUCAUCGAAUCUUAUGGGCAUUAACAAAAAGGACGAAAAGCUAAAAAUCGUCGAGUAUACAAACGGCUUAGUUCUUAACGGCAUUGAAGUCGAACACGGUCAUGGGCAAGAAGUCUCAUUGAACCUAGGGGCUAAUGCUGCGGGGGCGACUGGUGCGGCCGCGGUGACCAAGAGUCACGAUAUACGCUACACGAAGAUGGAGGGCGCUGAAGUUUACGGCGCUCUCAAGUCAAAUAUGUCGGAGGUUUGCUGGACCUGGACCGCACCUAACCUCCCGAAUGCGGUGUUGAAGGGCGACUGCAACUUGGUACUGAAGCUCAAAAAUGUGAGGGAGAGUAUGAAGGUUGGCUUUCGAGUGGAGUGCAAAAUGGACAGGGGUAUCAACAUCCUGAGUCAGGGGAGCAUGGAAGCGCCGAAAAAACAGAAACCGAGAGUCGAGCAUGUAGUCACAAGGCUCAAACUCAACCAUAAAAAGAUGAUUUCGUGA